ACAGAUCUACUUUUUUUUUGGUUCAAAGUGCCCGGAUGCAGCUAAAUUUCGUAUAGUACCCUAUUUAAAAGGUGCUCUUUGAAAUGAACGUGACAACCUUGAAGUUCUAAUUCAACUGCAAUCAAAACAAUCAAUACUUAAAUCUUUGGAUGACAAUUCUCAAUUUAAAUUCAUAUAUAACAAAAGUCUGAUAGAAAAAGAAAUGACCGCCGGUGAAUACGAGGUGCUUGGCCCCGCGAAAUCGGCACCUCCUAUGGCGUCGAACAACAACAGAAGCUCGUCUACACCGAAGCCCGCGAAGAUUCUUGUGGCUCCUCCAUUGGCUCCGCCAUUGAAGCACAUCCCAAAAGUGGAGAAGGAGGAAGAUUCUGGAGCAAGUGUGAUGGAGACGAAGAGAUGUGACCAGAGCAACAUGGAGAGCGCCUACCACGACAUCGUCUCAAUCAAGAACAGACCAAACUCGUGUGAUACGUGCCACGUGGCAAGUCUCGUGUUCCUGAUCGUUCUGGUGAUUGCCAUCUCGACACCAGUUCUCCUCUCUGCGAAUAAUGGCGGAUUCAAAUGGAUUGCUGAGAAGUUGAAGGAAGAGCCUAAAUAGUGAGAGUACUACCAUAAAGAUUUUGUGGAGAAAAAACCACAUUUUUACUGU